UGGCGCAGGGCCGGGCAGGGCUCGGGAUUCGGACGUGAGCUUCUCGAGCGGCACGGAACUGUCACCUCCACGAGGCCUUGUCCCAGAGGUUCGCGGUGUCGUGUGCGGCCUUAGGUCGCCUCGCUUCAGGGCUGCACGGCGCAGCCUUCAUCCUCCGCCGUCUCCCUCGGCUGUGUCCUGUCCCGCCGGUGCUUACCCUCACUUUCCGCCUUUUUUGUCUGGAGCCUUCCCAGCGCCCGAGUCGCACCCAGACCGCCCCUUCCUGAUGCCUGGGCUGGUCCUGCGGUGCUGAUCUCGUCUGGCCCAGGCAACCCUCCUACUCCCGCUUUCCUGCGCCCUCUCGGGACCCGGGCUCUCUCGAGCCCUGGCCCGGGAACUCCCGGGGCCACUGUACACGCGCGAGACGCCUAGGGCGGGAGGCCCCUGUCACAGCCCGCAGCAGGGGCCCUGAGCCUGCAGGCUCCGGUCCGCAGCAGACGUGGAGCAGGGGACCUGCGGACGGAGUAGUCUGCAGUCUGCGCUGUAGAGGCGUGGUAUGGAGGGGCGGGGCAGUGCUGGGGAACUGGGCGGGACCAGAGUGCAGAAGAGGCCACGCCAGGAAUCCCAGGGCGCCCUGGGCCUGUGUGUUUCCUCCUGCUGCCUCCCGGCUCGGUCUCAGCCGAAUUCCAAACUCUGAGCUGUCCUCGGGCGGCAAGGGGGACCGGGUUAGGCAGUACAGUCGUCUACCAGCAGAAGUCGUGCUAUCCCAGCGUACUGUAGUGCACAGUGACCACAGUGUAGCCAUGGGGACCGCGCUCGUGUAUCACGAGGACAUGAUGGCUACUCGGCUGCUCUGGGACGACCCGGAGUGCAAGAUCGAGAGUCCUGAGCGCCUGGCUGCAGCCCUGGGCUGCCUCCGGCAGUGUGGCCUGGAGCAAAGAUGCCUUCAUGUGGCAGCACGCGAAGCCUCGGAGGCAGAGCUGAGCCUGGUGCACAGCCCAGAGUACGUGGACCUAGUGCGGAGGACCCAGACUCUGGGGACAGAGGAGCUCCAGGCACUUUCUGGACAGUAUGAUGCUGUCUACUUCCACCCGAGCACGUUUCACUGUGCCCGGCUUGCUGCAGGUGCUGCACUGCAGCUGGUAGAUGCUGUGCUGACAGGAACUGCACACAACGGGCUUGCUCUGGUGAGGCCUCCUGGACACCACAGCCAGAGGGCAGCUGCCAAUGGGUUCUGCGUGUUCAACAAUGUGGCUAUAGCAGCUGAACAUGCCAAGCGGAAACAUGGGCUGUGCAGGAUCCUCGUUGUUGACUGGGAUAUCCACCAUGGCCAAGGCAUCCAGUAUAUCUUUGAGGAUGACCCCAGUGUCCUUUACUUCUCCUGGCACCGAUAUGAGCACGGACGCUUCUGGCCCUUCCUGCCAGAGUCAGACGCAGACACUGUUGGGCAAGGACAGGGCCGUGGCUUCACUAUCAAUUUGCCUUGGAACCAGGUUGGGAUGACCAAUGCUGACUACCUGGCUGCCUUCCUACAUGUGCUGCUGCCAGUGGCCUUUGAGUUUGACCCAGAGUUGGUGCUGGUCUCAGCAGGAUUUGACUCAGUGGUUGGGGAUCCGGAGGGACAGAUGCAGGCCACACCAGAGUGCUUUGCUCACCUCACACAGCUGCUGCAGGUGCUGGCUGGUGGCCGUGUCUGUGCAGUGCUAGAGGGCGGUUACCACCUGGAGUCCCUGGCACAGUCAGUGUGCAUGACUGUGCGGGCACUGCUGGGUGACCCCACACCUGCCCUGUCCGGGCCCAUGGCGCCGUGUCAAAGUGCCCUAGAGUCCAUCCAGAAUGUCCGAGGAGCCCAGGCCCCUCACUGGAAGAGCCUCCAGCAGCAAGAUGUGUCUCCCGGGCUGGGUCCCAGCAUCCACUUUCCAGAGGAGAGGCCCCUGCUGCUGCUGCCUGGGAACCCUGUAUAUAAGGCAGAGCCUCUACCAAGGCUUCUUCUGGACCAGAAGCACCACUACUCCGUACCCCCUGUGCGAAUGGCUGUGGCUCUGACUGCUCCACAUAGCACCUCGGCUCUGCCCCCUGAUGUGCUGUGUCAGCAGUCAGCCCCAAAGUGGGAGACAGAAGCCUGGGCCAAGUCUCAUGAGUCCCUGGCCCAGGAUGAGACCCUCACUGCACUUGGGAAGUUCCUGUACCUCUUAAGUAGGGUUCUGGAUGGGCAGGUAAGCAGUGGAGUUGCAUCCACUUUAGCAUCUGCUGUAGCAGCCACCUUGGAUGUAGCCAUUUGGCAAGGUCUGUCUCGUGGAGCAGAGAGGGUUCUCUGUGUGGUGCUGGGACAGCUGGAUCGGCCACUGGACCUUGCUGAUGAUGGGAGAAUUCUGUGGCUGAAUAUCGGGGGCAAGGAAGCAGCCAUAUUUUCCAUGUACCACGUCUCCAUGCCAUUGCCAAGGACGACUGGAGGAUUUCUGAGCUGCAUCUUAGGCGUGGUGCUGCCCAUGGCCUAUGGCUUCCGGCCCGACCUGGUGCUGGUGGCGCUGGGGCCUGACCAUGGUCUUCAGGCCCCCCAGGCUGCUCUCCUGGCUGCAAUGCUCCGGGCUCCGGCAGGCGGCCGAGUACUGGCCCUCCUUGAGGAAUCUGCACCCCAACUUGCACAAGCGCUGGCCCAGGGUCUGUGUGGAGAGGCGCCGCCCAGCCUGGGCCCAUUCUCCACGGCCUCUCGGGUGGACCUCCAGGCUCUGAUGGGCCUGCGAGCGCAGCUGCAAUGGCGGUGGGAAAUGGUGCGGGUGGCGGCCCCGGAGCCCACCCGGGGAGCGCCUUGCAGCAGAUCCCUGGAGAGGCCCGAGACCUCGGCCCCGCCAGGAAACUUUCCUGCGGCCGCGCCCGCGCUCCCUCCCAGUGCAUCAGUAAACGACCGUUAAAUAACGUGACUCUGCUUCCUUU